AUGCCUAACAAGCUAAAGGAAUUAGUGAGUAAGAACAAAAUACGCUAUCAGGAGGAUGGCUUUGAUCUUGAUCUCGCUUACAUUACAAACAACAUAAUCGCCAUGGGAUUUCCAGCGGAGAAUCUUGAAGGUGUCUAUAGGAACCAUUUGGAUGAUGUCCAUAGACUGCUGGAACUGAAACAUGGAAACCAUUACAGGAUUUAUAAUCUGUGCCAGGAGAAAGAGUACGCCAAAUCAAAGUUCAAGGGAUAUGUCAUAAGGUAUCCAUUCGAAGACCACAACCCUCCGACGUUAGAGCUGAUGAGAAAUUUCUGUGAGGAUGUCAAAAAGUGGCACGAUGAAGACCUCAAAAAUGUAGCUGUCAUACACUGUAAAGCUGGCAAGGGCAGAACAGGCGUCAUGAUCUGUGCCUACCUCGUCUACAUAAAUAAAUUCGACGUCGAGGGAGCUCUAAAUUUUUAUGCCUUAAAGAGGACCAAAGAUAAAAAAGGUGUGACCAUACCUAGCCAGAUU